AUUAUCAAUAGCAUAAAAUACAGAUUUUACAGAAUAAUAAUAAUAAUGCAAUGGCUAACUAUACUUUGUUAUUUGUUAGUAAUAUUUUCAAUGAAUUGGUUAAUAAUUAUUAAUACAAUGGAGUUUGAUGAUACAUUGAGAAAUGAAUAUGAUGACACGUUUUACAUCGAUAAUAAUUACAUGAAAAGACAAUAUCCAUACACAACAAAACGAUAUCGGACUAUGAUAGCUGAGAAACAUUUAUGGCAUAAAUUACUCACUGGAAUGAAAACUGGUAAUCUACAAAGACUUAUGCCAUCAAGAAUAACAACUGCUUUAAGAUUUGGUUAAGAAGAGAGACAAAUUGAAAAUAGAAAAAUGAAAGCAACAUGGCACAAAAUUUCUGUUGAUAAUAGUUUUGAAUGACAAUUUUUCUGAAGUUAUUUUAAGAUUUAUGAAUUAAUAAAUUUG